AUGAUUAACCGCCUAAUCACCAGGGCUGGCCGGACAGCCUCGUUUCUUCAAGUCCUACUGUACCUCCCACUAGCUCUUGAUAUUGCAGGCAAAGAAUGCUUUUUGGCUUUAUCCGCUUCUUUGGCAUUGUACUAUUCGGCGCUUUCUACGUUAUAUCUCAUUUUCAGAAACACGCGAUUUGCAUUUGUGUCUAAAGUAUUUGGGCUGCUUCAAAAUCUAGUCAUUCCAACCUUCCUACUAUUUUGGCUCAAUAUUUAUUCAUCAGAUGAAAGUAAGAUCGGCAGCCCAAUCCUGGGUAGCAACUUGGUAGGACGAAUCUUGUCGUUGUGGGAGGUUGUUUUGACCUGGUCAACUCCAGUCUUUGUUUUAUUAGAAGGAAUCUCGACAUUACUCUGCAUUCAAUCAGUUGGGCAGAUAUCGCGCUACAUAGUUGAAGCGAAAAACGAAUCGUAUUCAUUCGUAUUCCUUGUAUUGUCAGCAGCGGUCUAUGUCGGAUCGGCCUACUUCCUAUUCGACUCAUACACAUACGCGGCCCGAGAAAGUCUGUCGGCUACAUUGAUCGGCGUUAGUGUCACGAGUGUCGUGUUCUUGAGUGGAAUCGCCAUCAGCAAUCGGAAAGGAAAUGUAGUCGAGACAAGCUUGAUGAUGGCUUAUCUUAGCUACAACAUAUAUUGGCUAUCAUCAGAAAAACUGGACCCAGUUUCGUUCUUCAGCUCGUUCAAAUCCGAGGCCGUACCGCCGCUUCCCCCGAUGAUUCUCCGCUCUGCAACGGCUAUCAUCGGUUUCGUGUCGACAACUUUCGGAGCAGGGCUCGACUUCUUAUUGGCAUGUUCAUCUGCACUGCCGUUGCCGGUGUUCAUCAACCUCUUAUAUCGCGUCGUAGCGCUAUACGGAGCGAGUCGAAUUGUCGUUGCCAUCAAACGUGCCAAUAGCGGCUUUGCUUACACUCGUCGUUUGAGCGAUGAAGAACCCAUGGUCAGAAUCAUGACGGUUAUAGUCUCUUACUCCCGAUUUGUUCUUAUCUCUGUCUACACACAUCUACUGCUGCUUAAUAAUGAAGGGCAUCAAGUCUUUUGGAGAUGGAUCAAUGUCUUCGUCACAUUGGGUUUAUGGGGUGUAGAAUUGAUGAUUGGCAAAGAGGAAGGGGAUAAUGAUAGUAUUGUGACUGGAUUGGGUCUUAAAUUGGAUUAG